UCCGAGGGUGAGUGAGUUUUCUGCGGCUCCGCCGAACGAACGAUGCGACCGUCCGCCGCCCCUCGCGGCACGAACCCUCGUCUCGCCCGUUUCUGUCUCGGUUUCUCCCGCGGCGCCCGUCUCCCUCGCUCCUCCUGACUCACCCCGUGCGACACCGAGACAGAAUCCCCUAGAAGCCCCCCGUUUGUUGAUAAAAUCGAUAACACCUUACGGCCGUUGCCGUCUCCGUUCGCCUGUGCGGCGAGACGCGGCUCCCGCUGUUUUUCCAGAGAUACUCCGAUACGUGACGCGCGUUUUGCCGAGUGCGUUUUGCAUCGAACGUGCCAACGUCGGUUUAAUUCGUCACCAUUUAUGCCGAAAGUGACGGAACGCCGAGAACGCGAUGCGAUGCGUGGAGCCACGAAAUUUGUCGCACGAUGAACGGUGCUAUAUCGAUGCGUAAUGCGGGACACCGCUCGUUUAACGUGGAUCGUUACGUUGCGCGUGUCCAUCCCCUUCGAGUAACAGAAGGAUCCUUUGCCCUUUCGCUCGUGCCUCGGUCGCCCAUUUUUGCUCGCAGUUUUUGUCCCGUGGCGCACCGGUGACGUUAUAUCUCUUGAACCUCGCACAUCGCUCUUGCGGCUGGUUCAUGCCGGUUAGGGUUAUCGAACGGUCCAUUUUUGAGUACUAAGGGCAAAGCAAAGGGUAAAGGGUAACAGCGAACGGCGUAAGCGAGAUUAUUGCGUUUACUGAUUUGUUGCUAAAAUUUGUAUUAUAUUUAUUCUAUUUAUAUUUAGAUCAGGAUUUCUCGUGAUGUUGAGCUCUUUUUGCAUUUUGCGUGUUCAUUUGAUCGAGCAUCUUCGUGCGGUUUCGCGUGUCGUUGUUCCUUCUGUCGUGUUGCGUCGUAAAAUUACACCGGCGUAAUGUCGCCGGUUACAGAAUUACAGCGCACAGCAGGUGCGAGGUUUUGGGUUUUCUUUCCGCGAGCGAGCAAGCGCCGUACCCGGGAAUGCGCUUAUUUGCAUUCGUAGUUAGGACUGUUAUAACGAAGAAGCGACCGGUUUCUCUGGCCGCUUCUCCCGGACGACAGGUGUCCCAUCACGGAAAAUUUAGUCGUCUGCUCGCGCGAUGAUGUAACGUGAAAUUGAAAGGGCUCGUCGAUUGGCCAAGAGCUGUCUCGCGUCUCGUACGAGUCUCAUUCGGUUAAUUACGCACUAACUAAUUAGGUGCUGCACUUACAGAAACAUUACGGAUCGUUAACCGUGAGUUGCCCGUUUAGCAACGUAUUUAAUCGCACUCUCUCUUUAUCCUUCCUUCUCUCUUUUUGUAGAGAUUCACAAGUUUGUAUAAAGAGAUCGAACAUCUGUGUUGGAAAGAUUCGAUGUGUUUUAUGUUACGGUUAAGAUGUUCAAGAUGAUUCUUGACAUAAAGAAUUCACACUUGGUUCCUUAAACUCUCUGCGAUUAUCGGUCCGCAAUUCCGAUGGUUGAUGAUGCACGGAUCCUUGAAUCUGAAAGGUUUCUCGUUACUUACGAACGGACGUCGAUUAAUCAUUGAGGUCAUCACCUCUCGGGCUUAAAAGCCGUGCCACUUGGAAGGCAGCGGCGACGACUCACCGGUUGAACGAACGAGGAAAACGCAAUUUCUUGGUCAACUGCUUGUUGCCAACUAGCACCACGUGGUCACGGCCGUGUAACGUAAGCGGCUUACGUCGUCCAGCUGUAAAUAAGACUUAAAAGCCUGCGUCAACAGCAUCAUGCAUCCGCAUUAAUAAAGCGAGGAGGUGACGGCUCCAUCGCUGCUCACUGCAACGCGCGAACCUCGCAUGGCGAUUCUCGUCCUGAUUCAAUCUACAGUGUGAAGUAAUGUAGAGAAUAACAUUUUUACGGAUUCCACGGAAGUGCAUUAGGAUCGCUGGAGAACUGCGAAGGAGCUGAGGAAAGGGUUGAAACAAAUGCCGAUAUUUAAAUAUUAUAAAAAAAUGGAAAAAAUUAUGAUAGACAGAAAUCGUCGAAAUCAAAUCCUGUCGCACAUUGUGCGUGCUUCAAUAGGCGCUUCGUAAUUUAUUACACGUUAUGGUUUACAAAAUAGAAACAACUUUAUCGCGGAAUUAUACAACGAACACUCAAUAUUGGAAUCGCUGCACUGUUUGCGAUUGGUAUUUACGUGCACUUCUUGCAUUACGUACAACGCGCUGCCUCGUGGAGACAAACUGGCAUUCUAGAUCACGGGUUCUUGCCUUUUUUAUGACCAAAUACCAGCGGCGCGUGCAAAACUGUAUCGUGUAAUCUGGGCUUCGUGUUCUCACUGAGAGAGUGAUUGAUUCGUUUCGAAAGCAUAACCAACGAAUAAUACAUGCAUUAAUCAUCGUGGGACGCUGUGAUAGAUUAUAUUUAAAAGAGAGAACGUAAGAAUGCGUGCUUUGCAUUCUCCUAAUGUUUAGAGACAAAGUGGAAAAGUAAAAGGCGAACGGGAUUCCUUUACAGCUCAUUUGACGCAUUAUUUCGUAAAUGCUCAAUGUUAAAAAUGGUACUCAGAAUUCUGAAAUUUUUCAAUCCAAUUUCAAGACGAAAUAUUACUUUUUAUUUCACAUCUUAGUUUGGUAGAUAUCCCCAUCUGUUGAAAAAUAUGUAUUUCUUAAAAUGAAUGUCUCUCUCUCUCUCUCUCUCAUGAUUUCGCGACGUUCGUCGGUGAUUUAAGCCACUUAGGAUGCGCCGUCUUCGUCACGAUAGUUCUUUCGCCGGAUAUUUGCCACGUGAUGCGUUAUUAAGUCAUUAGUCCUCGAUACGGACACACAAGCGGGCGGUUCACCUAGAAAAAGAAUAGAAAGCAAUCUCAACGUGCAAUUUCAUAAUUGCCAUGUUAUUAUGUGAGGGCCAAUUAGAGGUAACGCGUGCGUUUAUCUCGACGAUUUCCGUGGAUUCGCCGACGAUUGCGACGCGGUGUUGCUUAAUCCGCAGGAUCAUCGCUGAUUCCGUACGAGUGUAUUGUACGAUCCUAACGCCGAAACUUGAUAGGAUACCGCUCGUCGUAGAAAUUUUUACAGAAGUAAAUGUUAUCGCGUCACUUAUUAUCAACCAUUACAUUCAUCUUUCAUGAUUGUCCAGGUAUUCUUUUUGCCAUUCACAUGGUUCCUCGGAAUGUGCAGGACGCAACGAAGAUCGCGAUGAAUAUCCGGCUAAUCCUUCGACGUAAUCUUCUCGUCAUGCUUUCUGCUGCCCCAGCAGGAGAGCCGGAGCAAAGAGAAAGAGAGAGAGGCGGGAGGAGAGCAGAGUCGAUUAGCGGCGAUUUUGUCGCACGCGACGCAGGUGCAGCUGCGGGAGAACCGCAGCAUCACCGGGCGCUCCUUCUUCACGGAUCGUUUGUAAGAUCAAGGUCGCUGGUUUCGUGGGUAAACGUCCUCGAGUCGCCUUGAGAGUCAGUGUGCCCGGUACGCGCCAGCGUGUCGUAGACAACUCCUCGCGCUUAUCGGCCAUUAUUGUGUGUAUCCCUCCUCCGCAGCGUUCUGGCGAUAUACCUAUAUAUGGUGUAAUGGUCCACGUCUACCGCACCACGCCUAGGAUCGCCGGUGCCGAACAUCCGUGGAAUCCGAAAAUUACGGUCAUGUGGGAUCGCGAUGCGCGAUUAUCCCGACGACAAUUCGGGAAUCGCGUCAUUGAUGAAAGGAGACACGACCACGUGGGGCUCCUUAAUUGUCAUUACGUGUCCAGAUAAUUACUUGUUUAAUAUUUCAGGUUUAACAUGCCGUGAACGAUUUCUAUUACUAUAGAUCCGGUUGAUUGAAUCAUUCCCUCAAAAUCUCUCCGAUGUUUCCCUCUCAGGGUUCCAGUGAACGAUUGCUUCAUGGUCCAGCUGAUUGAGAUUGUCCGUAAAGUAUCGAUCGCGUUCUUUGCUUAAUGCGCACUCCACUGCGAGAUGUGGAAUCUGCGGUCCUUAGAGGGCAGAUAAGACCAAAGGAAGAGAGAAAGAGUUUGAAAAGCAUCUCGCCGUGCGGUAAUUCCGCACCGCCCACUCGCUCGUCCGUAAUCGCAGGCGAUGCCGAAGCGUCCGGACCGCGCGAGGCGAUCGAGCGUAGGCGUCUCGAAUCUUAUUCAUGGAAAGUAAGAGCCCACAUCGCCGUCCUGCUCGCUGGUACUCCGAGGGUCGAGGAGCAAUCGACCCAUAAAUUGAAGCUUUUCCUACGGGCGAGUCGGCGGUUAUAUCCGAGUCCCGGCUGGCCUCCGCUCCGCUCCGUUCGGGCGCGUUGUUUGCGCGUUCAGCGACUUACCAAGAUAGUCAAAUUCGGUGACAAAGCGCGCCAACGAAAGACACUCGCGAGGCGCGAGUGCAACCGACAAAGAUUCGUGAUACCAGGGAUUUAUGCUACGGAUAAGAGAGAGAAAGAGAGAGCGGAGUAGAUUAUUACGAAGAUAAUUGCUCGUCGCGGUUUGCAGCGGGUGCACUACGCCGCCGCUGACUGCGCUGAUCCUGCGGAGGAACCGAAACUCCUCCGGUCGACCCUCGUGAUCCCCCACCUUAAGAAUCUCUCUCGCUCCUUCCCCGUCGGAAAGAGGCAGGGCACGGAGUCGAGAUCGCGAGAGCCUGCGGAACGCUGGAUCAGAACGCGCGAGCAGGACGCGUUCUCGGUGCGGCCAGGGGUGCCGAGCGAGAUGGAGAUCCAGGGAGAGUGGGAUGCUGCAAGCGAGGAAGGCAGGCGAGAGUGGACGGACGACAUGCCACCACCACCACUCCCAGUAUCUCUCUGUCUCUUUCGUCCGUCUCUCUCUUGAUGUCUCUUUCUUUCUCUCUCGCUCGUUUCUCCUUCUUCAUUCGCUCGCUCGUUCCAGCGUUCAGUCCUCUCACCUACUCCGACUUUUAUACGCGCGAGCCGGCUUCCCACCCGUAGCUUCUUCUCUCUCUCUCUCUCAUCCUUUCUCUUUCUGCUAUCUCUGUCUCUCUCUUCCCGCGCGCACGAGAGAGUCGCUGAGAGCGCAGAGAGCGCGCAAAAUGCCAGUGAUUCGACGCGACUUGGAGUACGCGCCUCGACGGCGAGAGAGAAGCGGGCGCCGCGCGAAUUCGAACGCGCGGACGCGCGCCGAGCCGUCCUCGUACGUUGCGCGAUCUCGCAACGCGCUUAGCUCGCGUGUCAAGCGUGUCGGGCCGAUUUUCUAAAACGUUCCUUCCUCGUGGAGGAACGCCAGUCCUUCGUCCGGGAAAUUACGUUUCCUCUUCACCCGAAGCGAUCGCGAGCGUUUGUAUACGCGCGGCAAAGUCGCCUCGCGUGUCUCGUGGCGCGAGUGAGAGGCUCUUGCUCGCCGACCAAAGGCGAAAAUACCUGCGAGACUCCCAGAAAGGGUGUGUAUACGUGCCUGUGGCGGUGAUCAUGGUGGUGAUCUCGAACGACCGUUAGAGAUCCGUGAAGCGAGCAAUAGAGCGCUCCGUUGCUCUUCUGUGUUAAUCGUUAUGUGUGAACAGUGUGUUACACAAGAGAUCUGUAAGAAAGUUUGGCGGCGUAUAAAGUUGGUGUUAUCUUUUACGUGAACGACGAAUCUCGUGCAGUCAGACUGUAGAAGAAAUGUGUACUCACUACAUUGCCAAAUUUGGAUUUAAGUCAGCAUCGUUUGCAUCAUACGACAUGAGAUUCCGGUUCUGAUAAAUUCCUUCAGUAUUAAAAAGUGACGGAAGACGGAAGAAUUAGAUUUAAUCUAUAGUGUAAAUUAAUAUAGAGAAUAACAUUCUUACGGAUUCCAUGGAAGUGCACUCGGAUCGCUGAGAAAUAUUGCGUAAAGAACUGCGGAGGAGGUGAGGAAAGGGGUGAAACAAAUGCCGAUAGGGCGGAGAAAGUAUCCGACGAAGCGCUCUUAAAGUACGGCAGUUAAAUUGUCAGGCAAGAUGCUUGGAAAGAUUGCUAUUGAUAAAUUAUAUAUAUAAUAAUGAUCUGAGAAAAAGUUCGCGUUUGUUGACAGUCAUUGUUGUACUGACUCGGACUGAAAAUAAUACAUAAAUAUCGGUAAAAUAUAUCGAAACCAAAACCAUAUUAAUAUAUCGAUAUGUAAGAAAGUUAUUAUUGUCGUUGAAUAUUGUCUUAAUUCCGAACAAUUAUCAAUCACAAAAGAACAAACAAAUAAUAAAAGUCAUGAUAGGUAAAGAUUGUCAAAAGCAUAAAAUUUGUCUUGUUUGAGAAUAAAUCAAUACACGUCCAUCGCAAGUUUGAGUGCGUUGACUCUAGAAGACGCUCAUGCAAUCCGUGCCGAAUCUUCUCGCGUAGAAUGAUCAUCCCGGUCGUGCCGAGGGUACGAGAGAAAAGGGAAGAGGAGGGUAAUGAGGAGGAGGGAGGAGGAGCAGCAGCGGCGGUGGCGGCGGCGGCGCAGCAACACGGCGUCGAAAAAGGAAAGCCACGCUGAUCAUCCACGACUGGAAGACCUCGGCGUUGCACCUUAGCGAACCUUAGCGCGACGGAGAAGGGACGACGUCAAGGAAGGAGAGAGUGAGAGAGAGCAGGAUAGGAGGAUACGGAUAGUAAAAGGGCAAGGAGGGCAAGAGAAAGAGAGAAACAAAGAGAGAAGGGAUUCGAGAAGGAGAAACGGAGAAACGAAGCGAGAGCGAGACGGAGAAAGGAAUUCGUAAAUCCGUACAUUUUCACAAAACGUUCGCUUUUGUGGAUUUCCAGGUGGCCAGAUCCUACCUGGCCUAACAAAUAUCUUUUUCCCGAUCUCCUCAUCCGGAAUCCUUUUGUACCCACGAGUUCUCGCGUUUAACAUGGCGCUCAGCAUUCGCAAAUGCAUCCAUUAAUCUUCACCGCGCGAACGUAUCCAACCACCACCGCCUCGAGGUAACGUGAAUCCGUAAGCGAUCCUACUUCCGCGAGGCGAGGUCGGUCGCGCUGCCCCAUGAGGCCCCUCUCCUUCGAGAAUCUGAGGAGGCUCGUGGGCCGCAAGAAGGACCGCAAUGAGCCCUCCUUCAAGCGCAGCGAGUCCUUCAAACGAAUCUCCAUCAGGAAGAGCUACCUGGACCGCGGCAAGCGACGUAAUCGCCUCCAGAAGAAUCUGGAGCCCGCCGCUAACCCUCCCGUGCAGCAGCCAGUGACGAACGAUAAGGUCUCCCCUCGGCAGACCGACAAGGAGCAAGAGUUCAAGAAGAAUCAAGAGUGCUCCCUCAGUCGCGAGUCCAUCACUUAUGAUGAGUGGCUUCACGGGGUCAGCUCCUCCUCCCGUGAGAAACUUCACGAGGAUCAUCUUGAAUCUCCUCAGCAACCUAAGAUCACACCCAAGACCGCAAAACUCUCCAAGCACGCUGAUGCGGACUCGGUUGCCGAGGAUCUAAAGAUUCUCAAGCUCGACGCGUCGCCUAUUUUAACAGCCAAGCCGAAACCCUUCAGGAUCGCCACCGAUCAUGUCCGGGACGAGACGACUAACGGACAUGACGGUCUUUGGACCCAGGAGUCCUCCACGGAAGGACCACCCAGCGUCAGUAUCAGCCUCGGCAGGAUAUGGAGGGACGCGGUGCCGGUUCCAGUUCGGGUCUCGGCCCCGGUGCCGCCUCCGUACACCUCUGUCUCGAAUCCUUCGGUCCAUCAUUCCUUGGACAGCGCCUUGAAGGAGAAGAAACCACAACCGACUGUCGCGAGAACGGUUUCGGCGCCGGAGAAACCCGUCAGCAAGGAUACCACGUCGUCGUCGUCGUCUUUCGGGUUCUCCCUCAGGAUCGCCAAACUCGCGGAUUUCAGACCAGGGGUCACGCGAAACGGUCUCUUCCGCCGGAAAGCACCGAAGCCGUCGCCUAGCGUGAGUGCAGAGGGCUACUUCAAGCGUACGAGCGCGUCCAGACGCUCGAGUUCUCGUCGCCGAAGCGGCAAGAGGACCUCUCAGCGCAGAAAGUGUCAACAGCCAGCUGCUCGCACCAGCAGUCCGGUAUGGUUUGUCCCACCGGAGAGACGUCGCUCGAGACGUCAACGACGCGUUUGGCGCGAAAUCAGGUACUUGCCCGAUGAAGAGGGCCCGAUCCUAGAAAGGAUCAACGACUGGUCGUCGAACAUGUCGGACGAUCAAUUCGACGAUCAGAAGCUGCUGCUGUCGGGCGACUUCAACGAGCGCCGCGAGGAUGACGUCCUGAACUCGAUCGUCUCGUCGUCCCUGGGUUCUUUCUCAGCGACAUCGUCCUCAUCGUCGGCCUGUCCGGUGCCGAAGAUCAGCGACUUCAAUGAGGACAAGCUGUUCUCCGAGGAACUAAGGACCAACGGCCUCUUGACGCGCAGAACCAUUUGGAAGCCGUCGGCGACAACGGCGAUGACGAUGACAACCAUGACGUCGACAGCGACGAUGAUGACGACCAGUACAACUACUUCUGGAAACUACUUCGCCAGUAGCCAGUUCCUCAGCUUCCUUGCUAAGGGCACUGCCAAAGAGAGAUCGAAGAGCGAGAACUCAAACGCGGGCUACAGAUGCCUCUCGUCGACCGAUAGCGAGGACGACGACGCUGCUCGCUUCAACGAGCGUAGGAGGAACGUCAACUUUCCCCAGCAGCGACAGCAACAUCUGAAGAGGCAAAAAUCCGGACUCAGGAGGCGACCACUGCGCAGGAAGUCGCAGUUGAGAAGAACGUCUGGCCAGCCGGUUUUCCUCGUGCGCAAGUGCUCGUCCUUGAGGAAACGCCCCAGUAAGAUCUAAACUAUGAUCACCGGUUCUAGAAACUGGGCUGGGCUGGAGUUGUUUUUUUUCUAAUUAAAGAUGCGAGAAUGAAUGAAGAAAACACUGGAAAAACCUAAUGAUAUCUAAUUUCCUGUGUGAUCUCACUUGUAUUUCGCGGAUGCACACAAUGAAGCAUCUUUUUUAGAAAUCUAAUUAUGUAUUUUCCUUGCAUCGUUCGAUUCUCGUUUCAUUAAUAGCAACAGUCCAUGAUCGCAUAAUCUCGGCUUUAGAGGUCUGCGAGUUAUAUCCAGCCUUUAUUGAAUAACACGCAAUUGAAUCGCGGCGAUUACGAGCGUUCUCUACGCGUUCCAUCUAUCUAUGUCUAUCCUUUACUCGGCCGUUACUUCACGUCCGUCGACGUUAAUUGCGCAACGCGUUUCCCGAUCGGUUUCGGUAAGCUUCUUGCUCGAUCGCGAGCCUGCACGCAUAUCAUGAUCGUAGUUCAACCGGCGGCUUUCGCUACUUCCUUCGAAGGCUCGCUCAUCCCCGCGUAAUUAACUCUUUUUUUUCAAAAUACGAACAACAAAAUUACAAUUCUUUUCCUAACGAAAUCGAAACUUGUUGCUUUCCGGAAAGAAAAGAAUUCCGGCGAUUAAACGCGAGAGAUAUGAAAUCCACGUUCAAGUUUUAGAAGGUAAAGUACUCUAUCGUUUCCUUCGCCGUCCAUUCGAGCUGCAUUGCUUUUCGCAAGGAGACUUCGCAGACGCCAGGCGGAAUUUAUGCACGCUCACAUACCGCGUCGCUUUUCCCUCGACAAAUCGUCGCGUACAGGCGAAGGCGAUCUGGUUUUCGCAUCGGCGAUCGCUCGAAUAUGUCGAUUAGUGUAAUCGUGGUGGCCCGGUUCCGUUUCGCGCACGUCGUCGGAAAAAUCGUGUCUCGGCCGUUAGGAUCGAUUCUUCGGCGUUUUCUCGAGUUACGAGGCGUGACGAAAGGCGCGCGAGUACGCCAACCAGUUUUGCAUCGUGCACGCGGGGAACGCGAGCGCGAGCGCGAGCUGCGUCAGCAGCGGAGCACCGGCCGCGACGGCAGCAGCCAAGCGUGCAUCGAUCUAAAAUUCAAUCCUGAAAACGCCCGUUCGAUCCUGCGCGCGAUCGUUAAUCGCGCGGUUUAUUCACGGCGACUGAAAAAUUACACCGCCGGCACGGUAUUCACGUGAUGUGCGUUACACGAGGUACACGUUACUGCCUGGCUGCUGCUUAUCCCGCGUUGUUUAUCCGCAUCUUCUCGCUUCCAUCCGUAACGAGAUACUCCACUUUUCAAAUACCACCUUCCCCGGCAUCGCAUCGUGAUCGUGCCGUCAAUAUCGCGUACAUGCGUAAUACACACACUUCUAAAUGCUCUCCAUUUCUCGUAAAUGUUGUGGAAGACGAAUUUAUGAUGGGAGAGAACACGCGGUUUUCGAGUCGCGUCUCAAUAAGAGCGCUUUCGCGCGAUCAUAAGGUACAACGACGAAGACGAGAGAGCUUCGCCGUCGUGCGUCCGAGCCGCACGUAUGUAGCGGUAUUAAGUGCGAAUGCAAAUUCGGUUUUAGAUUGGACCGAUUUUUUUAGA